AUGUCGUCGAGAGCUCUCAGAAAGGCCCAACGCGAGCGCGAAGAGCAGGAGCAACUGCGAAAGCUCCAGGAAGAGCACGACGAGCAGCAUGAGGAGUCCGAAGAGGAAGAAGCUCCUGCUGCCGCUCCGUCCAAGCAGAGCCUCUUUGCCAUGUUGAACCAAGACGGCGCCGAUGAUGACGAUGAAGACGAUGCCAAAGACGAUGAUAGUCAGCUAGAAGAAUCAGACGACGAACCAGAGAAGCCUCAACCCACGCAAGCAGCACCAAAGCCAUCGACCAAGUCCAAGAAGAAAAAGAAGAAGGCAAAGAAGGCCCAGUCUACGAAUCCUGCCACUGCCAAAUCGGAUCCAUCGCUCGAUGAUAUCGACCUUGCCCUCAAGUCUCUCAGCACAAAGGGCUCUGGCACGGCCACCCCUGCAAACACUGCCGAUCCCAACACCAGUGAAGUCUACCGACUACUUUCUGUCGACACAUCCUCGCUCCAUGCUGCAAACGAGAUGCGCAGACUCUUCGGUCGUGCUGCUCUCGAGGGUGACAACGACGAUGACAACAAUGCUGGCGGGCGUAGAAGAAACCGUGGAGGUGCUCAGCAGGCCGGUCUAGCUGCUGCUCUGGGCAGAAGACCUGGUCAAGGUGGAAGGAGCGACGGUCUGGCUGCCCUCAGCCGUCGUCGCAACAUCUUCAUUCAAGGCAAGGAAGAGUGGCCUGUUGCUACCAGCGGCGGUCUCGGUAUGGAAGUUAUUGAGAAGAGAUCAGACGGCACUGUUGAAUAUGCCUUUGUCCACAACCGCAUAUACCAGGAUGUUCAGGGCCAGUUCGAGACUUGCGUAGCUUCCAUGGAUCCUCAGCGCAUGGUUCUCCUGCUACAACACAACCCAUACCACAUCAGCACUCUGCUGCAGGUCUCGGAAAUUGCAAAGCAAGAGCGCGAUCACACCACUUCUGGUGACCUACUGGAGCGUGCCCUCUUCUCCUUUGGCCGUGCUGUUCAUUCCACCUUCUCCACCAACCUCCAGCAAGGCAAGGCUCGUCUUGACUUCCGCCGCCCUGAGAACCGCGAGUUCUGGCUGGCCGCAUGUCGCUACAUUUCCAACCUGGGCAUGCGUUCGACCUGGCGAACAGUCUACGAGUGGUCCAAGCUAUUGCUCAGUCUCGACCCUGAAAACGACCCUUACUGCAUCAGUCUUGUCAUUGAUCAAUACGCUAUACGUGGACGCCAACCCCAGAACUUUCUCGAUCUUGUCAACAAUCCCAUCUUUACAUCCAAGUGGAAGCAUUUGCCCAACGUCCAGCUCAGUCGCGCGUUGGCCUUCAUUCGUGUGGGCGACGCAGCGAAAGGUAAACAAUCUCUGUAUACUGCAGUCAGCCGCUUCCCAUGGGUCGUUGCCCGCCUCUUCCAGGAGCUCAAUAUCGACCCUCCACCCAGCGUCUGGGGCAAGUCCCCUCGCACCGACAGCGAAAAGCUGCAUUCCGAAGUCUACGCCACACGCGCAAAGGAUCUCUGGAACACGCCAGAAGCCAGCGAGCUCCUUGUAGAAGUCAGCUCGGCAGUCAGCAGCGAAGUCCCCGAUCCACCUGUGGUAGACAGGGACAUUACUCUUGAUGAAGGCAGACAUAUCCUGAUGAGCGAUACACCAACCCUCAUCGCACUACUCCCUCGCUCUAUCACCGCAAAAGUCACUUCAUCCUCCGACCCCCUACCUCCUCAAACCAACAUCUCCACAUACACACCUCGCUCCGCUGUGUCCCAGCGUACCGCACAACCUCCUUCAGGCGCUCUAGGCGGCGCAGCAGAAUCACUCCGUGAAGGCGAAGAGCGUCCUCAACCUAACGAAGAGGAGAUUGAACGCCGUAUUGCUGAAAGUGGUGUUUCUGAAGAAGUGAUUGUGCAGCGUACCCAGCGCUUGAUGGAGCUGCAGCAACGACUUAUUCCUAUUGGUGGGCCUGAGGCUGAGGGUGAAGCUGUUCCUGGAAAUGAGUUUGCCGCUACUGUUGAGGAUGGAGAUGAGGAUGAAGAUUAG